AUGGGUUUAGCACGGGUUAAAAGCGAUCCAUAUUUCAAUGUACAACGGCAGAAUAGUCGACCCUAUCGACCGUUCGUGCCAGGAAAUAGCGGUCAAACAUAUGAAAGAAAUUUUAAUGAGAGACCGUGGCAGCAACAGCAGCAGCACUUCGUCAGAUUUAAUGAUCCAUAUUUCAAUGGAUCUGUCAACCGACAAGGCGGUGCUGUUCUAACACCACAUCAACGACAGCGACGCACUCGUUUAAAUCGAGCGAGGCGCGAUCGCGAAGAGCGAGCAGCUAACCAAUUAGGUAAUCAAGCCGAUGCUCUACCAGUCGACAACCGUUUUGCCUGUUUUCUCGACCAAGACGAGAACGACGAAAUACCGCUUGACGAAUGCACAGCGGCUACAACAUCGACUGCAAAAACACCAAUAGACGAUGCCUGGAUCCGAGACAAUUAUGAAUACCAAGUAAUUGAGAAACUCUUGGAAAUAGGCAUGGAAGAUAAACACUGGGUGCACGAGAUAGUGAAAAAGACAAAAACCCGUGACGAUAUCGUGAACAACCAGUACUGUAUAGAUAAAAUAUCUCAGCUUCAAAGAGCUAUUUCAAAUCACGGGAAUGCAGUGACGAAACUGCAAAGUGAAUUAAUAGCAUUUGUACCAUAUUAUCAUGAUGCUCCAGGUACCAUUAAUAAUAACGGUACCGUGACAGCACAUGAUCUUGCUGCACAAAAUGCUCGUAAACCCAAACUACAUAUAAGAGCUGCAGAUAAUAUAACACAGGAAUACCUGAAGAUACAUACAAAAAAAUUUGCAGAAAUUUGUGCUAAUCGUGUAAAUACAGCGUAUGCUGAACUCAAAGAGUGUGUAAAUCUCAAAACAUUUGAGGAAAAAGCUACGCCAGUACAACGAGCACAUGUAAAAAUACUAAAAGAAAAAUUAGAAAUUUUACAUGGGAAACAAAAAACUGCUAAACUUCUUAAAGAAGAAAUUUCAAUGCAAAUGAUACCGAGAGCCGUACCGAACGUGCAUUUCAGUCCACGUCUAGAUGAUCGUGUACUUGGAAAAGAUAACAUGGCGAACCUUACACGUGUUAUAAGCACCGUAGUUGAACAAUUUCGGGUUAAAGCAUCAGAGACGCUACUAUUAAUAGCUGAAAUAGAACGGGUACAAAUCGAAACCGAAAUAGAACAGUUAGAAAAGUCUAUGCCGCCCAACGCAGAAUCAGAAGAUAGCGAAGGGCCGAAAGCAAGCGAUUUAUAUAAACUCUUUAAAGCUGAUCUAAUAUUAUCAUAUGUAGCUGCUAAUUGUGGAUAUGCUGGUGGUAAUGACAUUAAUUAA